AUGUAUGAAGUUGGGAAUAAAGCAAGAAUAACUAGAUUACAGAGAGAUUUUGAGAAGGAAAGAAAAGAAUUGCAAGAAAAAGCACAUAAGGAACAGGUAGCAUUAAAGGAUCAACUGCAAGUUCAUAUUCAGACUAUAGGUAUUUUGGUAGCUGAAAAAACAGAACUACAGUCUUCUCUUACUCAAAGUCAACAGAGUGCUAAACAAAAAGCAGCUGAAGUUGAAGAAUUUCAAGGCAGAUUACGAGGAUCUCGGCAAAGGGUUGCUGAUCUAGAAAGGGAAUUAGGAACUAUAUCAAGCUCGAGUCAACAGAUGGAAAAGAAUAAUAAAGAACUAUCAAAAGAAGUAGACAGAUUGAAAAUGGAAGUAUACAAAUUAGGAAAAGUAAAUGACGAACAAAAAUUACAAAUAUCAGAGUUAACAGAAAAAUUCAAUAAAAAGGUGAAGGAAAGUCAUAUUACAGAACAAGAAUUAACUGAAACAAGAAGUAAAUUAUCAAUAUCAGAACUGUAUGUUCAGCAGCUUAGCAAUUCUAAUACUGAAGAAGGAAGUAGACAGCUUGAAGAUUUACAUCAAGAAAAAUUAGAAUUGGAGAAAAAAUUAUCAGAGAACAAAGAAUCAUUGCAAAAAUUAUCAGUUGAAAGGGACCAAAUGUCAGAACAGUAUCAAACAUACAUUCAACAACUUAGCCAACAAGUAACAUCUCUAAAAGAUGAACUGAAAGAAUAUAUUAAUGAAAGAGAGAAACAUUUUAAAGAAAGGGCUGAACUUCAAGAAGAAAUUAAUAGAUUACAGCAAAAAGAAAGUGCCAUUAUUGAAAACGGUGUAAACAAAAAUCUUCAAAAGCAGAUAGAAGAAUUAGAAAGUAUACAGCAGAAAAUGAAACAGGAUUAUGAUACACAGGUAAAUGAUAAUGCACAAAUGAGUAAAAUUAUUGAAGAGAAAGAGAUUAGGAUAGAAGAAUUGGAGAAUUCCCUUAGAAGGAUUGAAGAAAAUCAAAUUGAUAAAGAGAAAUUAUUAGACACGAUGCAAAGUGAUAAAAUUGCAGCUAGCCGUGCCGUGGCUCAAAACUGCGAAUUAAAAAAACAGCUAGAGGAACUUCAUACAGGAUUUGUAAAAAUGGUUUGUGCCAUUAUUGAAAACGGUGUAAACAAAAAUCUUCAAAAGCAGAUAGAAGAAUUAGAAAGUAUACAGCAGAAAAUGAAACAGGAUUAUGAUACACAGGUAAAUGAUAAUGCACAAAUGAGUAAAAUUAUUGAAGAGAAAGAGAUUAGGAUAGAAGAAUUGGAGAAUUCCCUUAGAAGGAUUGAAGAAAAUCAAAUUGAUAAAGAGAAAUUAUUAGACACGAUGCAAAGUGAUAAAAUUGCAGCUAGCCGUGCCGUGGCUCAAAACUGCGAAUUAAAAAAACAGCUAGAGGAACUUCAUACAGGAUUUGUAAAAAUGAGUCAUGACAAAUUAGAAUUAACUGAGAAACUUGAUAGAGAACAUCACAUUACAAAAGAAUUGGGUGAAAGAUUAAGCCAGCAAGAAGAAGAAUUACAAGAACUGAAAGAUCAAGUAAAUAUUAAUAAAAAUUCUGUUACUAUAAUAUUUUUAAUUUUUAAAUUUAAAAUUUUAUAUUUUAAGGAAAGAAUCAAUGCCCUAAUGAAUCAGAAUACAGAAUUGAGAAUGAAUUUGGCCAGGCAGGCAGAAAUUGCAGUGUCUAGUGAUAAACUAGAUGAGAGGGAUUCUUCAAAGAGAAAUGAUUUAGUUGCAUCACUUUCUGCUUCAGUUAGACAGUUAGAAAUGGAGAGAGAUCAGCUAUUGCAUCAAUUAGAAGAGCAACAAAAUAUAAAAACAAACUUAAAAGCACAAAUGAGAGAAAUUAAGGACCAUCAAAUAAAUCAAGGCACAAAUAAUGAGAAUAUAUCAAUGGAAGACUAUCAGCAUAUGAAAAAUGCUAUGAAACAGUUAGAGGAACGUUUCAAGAAAACAAUGGAUCAAAUUGCUGAAUUAUCUGAUCAGAAACAGCAGUUAGAACAUCUUGUUACACAACUUCAAGGUGAAACUGAUACAAUAGGUAUUAUUGCUAACUCAGUUUCUAACUGCUCUCCAGUACUUAAUUCUUUGUUUAUUGCUCUCUGCUCUUGUCGUAUUGUUGAUCUCUUGGAUGCUUCAAGAUAUGCAUUUAGUUUGUCAGCUAAAGUCAUUUCAUUCGGUAGUAUGACACUUUGUGAUUCUUGUACAUAUUUGAGUUCGUUACCUUCACUAGAUUCAGAAAUAGAAGGUUCUCCAAAAAGAUUGUUGGAAUGUGCUGUCACUCUUGAACUUCUUAUAUUUGUUUUCACCAGUGAGGCUAAAUUAGGAGAUCUCCAGAACUUAGUAAUGAGAAUGCUUGAUGAACGUAAACAACUAAAACCUUAUGGUCCUUCAGUUCUAACAGGUAGUAAUCAUUUCCCUGGAAAAAUAAUAUCAGCUACAGGUGAAAAUGGAAACAUUCUAAAUGGGGAAGAUUCAAAUACUGAAAUGAAGUCCAGUAACACAGUUGAAAAUAUGCAAGUUCCUAACAAUGCAACAAAUCCAAGCAAAACCGAAGACACCACGGCAAAGAAGAUAAUGGAGUUACUGACGGAAAUCGGAACUUCCAACCUCAUUGAAAAGUCUGUGACGGAUAAUUUCCAUCCUUGUCCCUUGUGUUCGGGUAGACUGAUGACAGUAUGAUCAACACUAAAACUAAUAUUUUCCAUUUUUAAAAUCCAUGUUAUGAAUUCUGUACUACAGUUUUGUACAGAAAACUUUUAUAUUCUCAAUCUUCCUAACUGGAGUGCAUCUACAAACAGUAUAUAUGCGAAUUUUACUGCUAAAGGUGCUCGUAACGGGAAUUAGAAAUCUGCAAUUGCCUUUUUCUUUGUGAUAUAACUUAUAUUCCACGUGGUGACUUCCUCGUGCUAUGGCUGUUCUAUCGAAACUAGUUUAUCUAUUCAAAAACAUGAAGGCAAAUUGUGCCUUUCGAAUUUCGUACGAGAGACUCGACAUAUCCUGUCUAGCAUAUAACUCAGACCUAAUAUAUAUAUAGAAAUCUUCCUGCCUCGAUUAUAGAUUUUGCGGUAUAUUUUGGAGAGGCGAAGCAUUUAGAUUUAUACAAAUUGACCGUACAGAUUCAGAGUUCAAAGAUGUAAAGAAAUCACUUUGGUUUAAUUGUAUUGACAUUUGCAUAGGAGAAUAAACAUUUUUUUUGCUA